UCCAACUUUUAAAAUUAUAAAAAUAAUAAAUUAGUAAAAAUGGCUGGUACCUCAAGCGCAUCCGCAAAGCCUGAGAUGAUCGAUCUCACUAAGCUCAGUCCGGACCAGCUGAUGCAGAUUAAGCAAGAGUUCGAGCAGGAGAUGGGUAACAUACAGGAGUCGCUGUCGACUCUGCAUGGUUGCAAAGCCAAAUACGCUGGCUCCAAAGAGGCGUUGGAAACGUUCCAGCCGGACUGGGAGAACCGUCAGAUACUAGUGCCACUGACGAGCAGCAUGUACGUUCCCGGACGCGUGAAGGACCUUAACAACUUUGUCAUAGACAUCGGCACCGGCUAUUACAUCGAAAAGGAUCUAGAGGGCUCCAAGGACUACUUCAAGCGCCGCGUCGAAUAUGUGCAAGAGCAGAUCGAGAAAAUUGAAAAGAUACACCUGCAAAAGACGCGCUUCCUGAACUCUGUGGUUGGCGUGCUGGAAAUGAAGCAGGCGGCCGCCGUAAAGAUGAUGCAGGCCCAGCAGCAGCAGCAGCAAUCCAACCAGAGCGCCUAGGCAGGCGUCGCGGGAAUGGGACAGGAGUGACGUGAUUGGGCAAUGAAGCAGAACAGAAAGAAUUAAAUUAUUAAACUUAUAAACACGAUGUGUGCAUUUAA